CACCGGAAUCCUAUCUUAUCUACACUCAACGUCUAGGGUCCUCUUUUCGAGAAUCGCACCCCUGAUCGACUCGCCUUUCGCGAUAGUGAUUUCAAAGCUGUUCAACAUACUUUUUGCCAAUGCUGUUCGGGCUAACAAGUGAGUCCGAAUGGCUUUUGCACAAGCAUGACCUCAUAACAAAUCGCAGAUCUUUUGGAUAUGCGAGAAAAGUCGCAGAUUAAUAAAUAUCGAGUCGGUACGUACUAUCUAUGCGACAUGCGAAUCGUGCAGUAUGAGAUUCAAAACAAAAGGCAGUUCGACAAAAGUGCGCUUGGUAGUAAAGGCAAAAUUAAUAUCCAUAUCAUAAUCAUUUCUUAUUCACAGCAAUGGACAUGGGAUAUCAGAACGUUGUUCAGCUUUAUAUGCCUGAAAAAUUAGAAAAUAAUUCUGUUUAUAAUGAAAGACUGCGGUUCCACGUACGAGACGAUCCAUUUGAAUUGUCGGAACUACAAUUUACUAAGCUCUUCCGAUUGAAGAAAGAAACAGCUCACAGAGUCAUAGAUAUUGAAGAAGAAUAUUCAUUAGGACCAUCAAAAACUUCAGCUUUGGACGCAAGCGUACGAGUAAAUUUGAACUUAAUCUGACGGUUGCGUUGAAAACCCAGUUAUUUCGAAUUCUGCUUAGCGAACCCUAACUCUCGAGUUUUGCUUGGAGGAACGGCCGUUUCGAAAUCAUAGCCGGUUUUCACACAGAAUAUUUCAAUAUUACAAUCAGCGCAUUCGAGCUAGACAAAUUAUAUUCCAGUAUAUGUUUAUUGCCCUCCGGUUACAAAUCAAACACAAAACAGAAAUACAAACAUACUGAUGAAUAUAGGAACAGUCACCUUGAAACAUAAUAUGAUUCCACUACAAGUCAUCGCAGCAUUAUACUUUAUCGGAUCAGGUAGCUAUCAGAAUUGCAUUGCAGGGAAUACUACCGUUGCUAUGAGUCAAACAUCGAUCAGCGGAUGUAUUCGCAAUGUUAAGAAUAUUCUGAGUUCACCAAAAGUGUUUGAUACUUGGGUACGCUUCAUUCUUAAUAAUAUGGAGAAGCUUCAACAACUACCUAACAAAUUUUGGGUGGAGAAGCAGUUUCCUGGUGCAAUUGGUUGUAUAGAUUGUACUCACGUAGCGAUAUUACCACCUCCAAAAGAAGAUGAAAAUUAUCCUGAACAUAUCGAUGUCAAUAGAAAAGCACAUCAUUCCAUUAACGUACAAUUAAUUUGUGAUACUGAACUUAGAAUUUUAAACGUCGAUUCUCGAUACCCUGGAAGUACUCGUGAUUCCUACAUUUGGAAUAACACUAAUGUGAUUCCCAUAAUGCAAGAAAUUUAUAAUCGUAGGCACCAUUAUUUCUUGCUAGGUAAUACAUGCAAUACGCGAUAUCCAAAAUCAUAAUUAAGUAUGUUUCGCAACACUCCAUUUGUGUUAACAAUAGGUGAUUCUGGCUACGCGUUAAGACCGUGGAUGACAAAACUAACCGUGACUUUGAAACCUCAAGGUGUGGCACACCAAGGAUUAUAUACCAGGAAUUCAUGUUUUCAGAUAUGGAAUUUGCAACAAAGCUGCUGCGCCAUGCGAAAUUGAGUCACGCUGCGAGUUCCAAAAGUAAAUAGUGAAGUACUAUACUGUCAAAAUAAUCCAAACGUAUUUUUAUUUCAGAUAAACACAGUAUUCUUUUUUCUUAGUAGCUUCUAAUACACAUCACCAUCAACAACAACAGCAAUACCAAUUACCACUGCCGCUACAACAGCAAUAUCAACUACCACUACCGUUACAAAAACAACCACAGCUACAAC